AUGAUAGCAUCUCGAGAUCGAGUUGCCAGACAAGAUUACGAGCACAACGAAGCACCAGAGCCAACUGAUUACCUACGACUCAAGAGCCCGAGCCGGUCAACGAUCAAUACAGACCAGUGGGACGUCAUCGACGUAGAGAGCAGCGACCGACUCGAAGUGCUGAUCGAGCUGGUCCAGCGCUUCGGGACACUUGCCCCCAAAGAACGCCAGAUCACCUUUACAAAUUGGUUGUUGCUGUGGGCAGCUGUGAUCUUGCUGAUUAUUCAAAGGAAAAACGAUUUGCAGCUUCACUCAUCCUGGGUGAGGAUGGCGUUCAACCGCCGCAUGCUCAAAUGGAAUGCUCAGAGCAAAUCCGCUGAUCUCGACCAAAUCAUCAACACGAACUCUCCUGCAAAGCUGCGCACCAAGUCCACUCUACAAUUCAAUUCCGGCAUCGAAUGGAUUUAUCUCGUUGACCGCCUGUUCGACACCUGGAUAGACAGGCCUUGGGCGCCGAAUUUCAUAAACAGAGCCUUCUGGGGUGUUGUGUCUGUCUCCACGGCUGUCGCCCUUUACUCGAUCUCAGACGAGCCGUAUCUAUGCGGGAAAGGGCGGCAGACAAUUCGUGGCCGUCACAUGUGGGGACGACAAGCGACGAUCGGGGUGGAAGCGGUGCAAUACAUCAAUGUUGGGGCAUGCCGCCUGGCUCGUUGGUUCUGGGAACGUUGCAUCUCUUCACAAUGCUCGGACGAGUCACAAGAGCCUGAGGCCGACAACGAUUACGAUUUCUGUGGGAUGGAAUGA